AUGUCCUCCGAGACCAGUGAUAAGAAACCGGUAGUGUCUGAGGGUAAAACUUCCGGAGGUGACCAAAUCAACCUCAGAGUGCGCGAUGCCGACGGCAACGAGGUCCAGUUCCGGAUCAAGAAACACACGCCCCUGCGAAAGCUCAUGGAUGCGUACUGCACACGUAAGGGAGUAGACUUGCACAGUUAUCGUUUCUUGUUCGACGGGAAUAGAAUAAAUGAGGACGAUACCCCGGAAAAACUCGGUAUGGAAGAUAUGGACUCGAUCGACGCAAUGUUGUUCCAGCAGGGAGGCUGGUGA